AGGAAAACAAAAAGGUUAUUUUCUUUCAGGAUUUAAGACAUUAACUAUGAAAGGAUUGUUCUACACCAUUGUUUGGUUGUUCCUGAGUGAUUUGUGCAUGGCUAAGCCUCCUAGCUGGCAAGGGCCUCUGCCAUGGUAGUACGUGACAAGACAUGGGCUGCAUUAUGAGCUGUCCUAGGCUGCAUUAUGAGUGGCUGCGUGUGGCUCAUGGAUUGAACAUGUCUGAUGUAUUAUAGCUUUUGUAAUUUCUUUUUCCUUCUCCUUAGGUAAAAAACUUUGCUGUUAUUUAUCUUGUGGAUAUCACUGAAGUACCAGACUUCAACAAGAUGUAUGAGUUGUAUGAUCCCUGUACAGUCAUGUUUUUCUUCAGGAACAAACACAUCACGAUUGAUUUAGGUACAGGUAAUAACAACAAGAUCAACUGGGCAAUGGAAAAUAAACAAGAGAUGAUUGACAUUAUAGAAACUGUUUAUAGAGGAGCCCGCAAAGGUCGAGGUUUAGUGGUAUCACCAAAAGAUUAUUCUACUAAGUACAGAUACUGACAUUUUGUUGGGGCCGUGCUUUUCUUUUUUAACCCUUUCUCCACUUAAAUUUAUUUUUCUGUGUGUACAUACAUGUGUAUAUUAAAAAAGAAAUAAACCGUCUUUCAAUUUUGA